AUGUUCUCUUUGUCACGGAGUAGUACGAAGCAGACAAUCAAAAACGUGUACAAAUACGGGGAGAAAACGCCGAUUGAUGAAGAUACUCACAACGAAUUUCGCAUGCAUUCGAGGCUUCUUCUAAGCGAAGUUUGUUUUGAUAUUCCUAUGAGAAAAACUUUUUUGUUGAGGUCUCGCAGCGGAAACAAAAGCAAGACAAGGAUGGAUCUAUCCGCCGGACUCUGCAACCAAUCAGCAAGUUUCUCGAUCUUACUGUUUAGUAGCUGAUUAUUCAUUUUCCAGAACAAUCUGCGCUUUUCUGAACUCGGAAGGCGGUCGAAUUUAUGUUGGAGUGGACGGAGAAGGAACCAUCAAAGGUGUCACGAUGUCCGACAACAUGGUUUUUAAGCGAUUUAUUUUACUUUUUUUUUUAUAUUUUGCCAUGGAUUCUUUACAAUUUUCACGAUUUUCCUUCUCAAGGAUUCAAAGACUUGUGGGUUGAUUUAAAGUAUCAAAAUGAUUAUCUGUUCUCCAGAAAAACAUUUCACCCAGUUUUAUCAGCUUUUACAUCUUUAGAAAAAUAAUUUCAACCAGAAGAAGGUAGAAAAUCAGAUAAAAUAUUCCCAUCAUCAAUGUUAGACUUAUAUUUUUUUAUUUUUUUAAGAUAAAAAAAGGAAAAACAAUAUUAAAUUUUUUUCAGGUGGAUCAUUUCUUUGGCAGCCUGCGUAUCAUGUGUGAGAAAUUUCGACCUAUCAGUCCUAUCAAUUUUAUUAAAGGUAUCGAAUUAAUAGUAAAAUUCCUCACCCGGCGUACUUUAAGUGUACUUUCCACCGAAAUACAGUAGUGUCAAAAAUUAGUCCGGAGUUUUAAGCGCUUUACAGAUCCAAAAGAAGACGUCAAAAUUUUGAUAAAAACCCCCUUCGUUGAAAAAAUUGUUUUUUGUCGCCUUUUCUAAAAGUCAAACACAUUUCUGCAAACUCAUUUUCACAAGUAUUAUUCAGUGAGCGUUUUUGACGUAGUGGACGAAACCCGAGAUGGAAUUCCCAAGGGCUAUAGAAACAGCAGCGACGACGAAGAAGAUUUCGCACCUGUUCGUGUUUUUUUUUUCUCAAUAUGACACGAGGGAAGUUGAAAAGAUCACUUUAGCUGAUUCACGACGAGCUUGGGUCACUAAGGGGGCGUGGCCUGUCUCUCUCUCUCUCUCUACCUCGUGCACUAUAGACCCUUUUCGUGUCAAGACCCCUUUUUUGAUAGCUAAAAAAGAAACAGGUUUCCCCACGAAAAUUUAUCUGAGCUUUCACGAUUUACAUAAAAUCCGUGCAAUAUUUCUUAAAAAAUUAUGAAAGUUGCUAAUUGUGAAUUUGAUCACAUGAUUUUCCUCAAAUAAAAUGUUAAGGAAUUCCGAGCAGAAGCGGAGGAAAAUCUCGAAAAAUGUCAUGAUCAUUCAAUUGGUGGAGUUUUUGUGAGUAAAAAUUUCGGUUCAGUUUUCAAAGAAAAAUGUUUUAGUGUCACUGUGAAAGAGACAUUUUCCGAGGCACGCAUCUGCGUCUCUUAGUUGUCGAGGUUCUUUUUUUUAAAAUACUUUUUCGAAAUAAUUGAAUAGAGCUUUCAGGUGAAGAAGCCGAACUCCCGCAAACCAAUCAUUUUUCAAAACGAAGAAGGCCUUGCUUAUAGGUUUCCUUUUCCCUUUUUUUUCAAACUUGUCGGGAAAGAUAUCGCCAAUUACAUUUCAGAACUUUUUUUCUUUCAGAAGAAGAUUGGCGUCGAACAAGUGCCUCUACUUUGACGACGUUCGGCGUAUGAUGCAAGAGCGCGAGAAAAUUUUCCCCCUCGAGGAGGUUUUCCAUCCUUUCAUUAACGAAAGUAUUGAAAAGUUACUUCUCCAGGAAGAGAAGGAAAAGCUCGACAGUUUCCUCGAUUUGAACAAUUUCGCCGUUUAA